AUGGCGCCUCCGGCAAACCUCACCAAGGAGCAGGUCGCCUCCGUCCAGCUAGAUGGCGACUUUGCCCUCAAGCCGGAGAAGUCUGAGCCAAAGCUCGACACAUCUCAAUGGCCCCUUCUGUUAAAAAACUACGACAAACUGCUUGUCCGUUCCGCGCAUUUCACCCCCAUUCCCUCCGGUUGCCCUCCUUUGAAAAGGGACAUCACGUCCUACAUCAAGUCCGGCGUCAUCAACUUGGACAAACCCUCCAACCCCUCGUCGCAUGAAGUCGUUGCUUGGCUUCGGCGAAUCCUGCGCGUGGAGAAAACUGGCCACAGUGGCACUCUUGACCCGAAGGUCACCGGGUGCCUGAUCGUCUGUAUCGACCGCGCGACUCGAUUGGUCAAGUCACAACAGGGAGCCGGCAAGGAAUACGUGGCCGUCCUUCGCCUGCACGACGGUCUUUCGGACCCGGCAACUCUUCCCCGCGCCCUUCAGACUCUUACCGGCGCUCUCUUCCAACGUCCGCCCCUCAUAUCCGCUGUGAAACGCCAACUUCGUAUCCGAACUAUAUACGAGUCUAAACUGCUCGAAUUCGAUGAACAGCGCAAUUUGGCCGUAUUCUGGGUGUCGUGCGAGGCGGGAACCUACAUACGGACGCUCUGCGUGCACUUGGGUCUGAUCCUCGGUGUCGGCGGACACAUGCAAGAGCUGCGUCGUGUCCGCAGUGGUGCAUUAUCAGAAAACGACGACAUAGUCACUAUGCAUGAUGUUAUGGACGCGCAAUGGAUGUACGACAACACUCGUGAUGAAUCGUAUCUUCGGCGUGUGAUCCGCCCCCUCGAAUGCCUACUUGUGGGUUAUAAGCGGAUCGUGGUCAAAGAUAGCGCAGUGAAUGCUGUUUGCUACGGAGCGAAGCUUAUGAUACCCGGUCUCCUACGCUAUGAAGCCGACAUCUCGGUCCACGAGGAGGUUGUUCUUAUGACCACCAAAGGCGAGGCAAUCGCUCUCGCUAUCGCCCAGAUGUCGACUGUUGAACUCGCGACCUGCGACCACGGCGUCGUGGCUAAAGUCAAACGCUGCAUUAUGGAGAGGGACACCUACCCGCGCCGCUGGGGCCUUGGCCCUGUGGCUGCCCAGAAAAAGAAAAUGGUAAAGGAUGGCAAGCUCAGCAAGUUCGGCGAGAAAAUCGAGGGCGUCACUCCAGCCGAGUGGAGCAAGGAUUAUGUCGAUUAUAACCGCGAGCAGCCCGCUGCAGGGCCAUCAACGACGGUGCCUACUGGCGCCGCCAUCGAGGUUCCACCAGCUCCUACGGUCCCCGCUGCUGAUACUACCUCCGAAGCUGCGUUGUCGAAGGAAGAGAAGAAGGAGAAGAAGCGCAAGCGCAAGUCGGAGUUGCCUGAGAUUGAUCCCGACGUAUCCAUGGCGGUGUCUGAACCGGCUAACGGUGAGGACGACGAAGCGAAAGCAGAAAGGAAACGGAAGAAGAAGGAGGAAAAGGAGAAGAAGAAAGCUGCAGGUGAGGCAGCAGCGGACGAGGAUGGGGAUGAAGCGGCAAAACGGGAGAAGAAGCGUCUGAAAAGGGAAGCAAAGAAGGCGAGGGAGUCCAUGGGCGGCGAGUCAUGAUGCUUGUUCGUUUUAUGAGGAUUUAGUGUGCCGUUUGUUGUUGUCUUCAGUAAUGCUCUUCCAUAUGUGCUUUUGCAUGACAACGUAAACCCCUGCAAUAUGCAAUGCAACCCAAAGUCAUAGGGUAAUCCAAAUACUCUCACUGAAGGGCGCAAGGCACACCGAACGUUGUUGACAACUGCGCGAAACAACAUUCCACUCCAUCCCGGUCAUGAAGUAUGGUUGGUAUUAGUAAAGUACGG